UUUAGGGCUGGAGGUUUUGGGCUAUGGAGGGAGAAGCUCCACGGCAACAGUCCUUUGGGGAUGCAUUCUCUUUCGUGAGGCAAGGCGCGUUCUACUCCGCUCCAGUGCCUCCUCCUUCAGGAUCGGCGCCAGCAGGAGCAGCAAGCGGGGCUUCUAAUUCGCAAUCGCGAAAUGCGAUUCUUGUGAGCCGGCGUCAGCAAGGAAAUCCGGUGCUCAAGUUUAUUCGCAAUGUGAGGUGGACGUUUGACGACAUUGUUCCCGAUUAUGUCCUUGGCCAGAGCUCCUGUGCCUUGUAUCUCAGCAUCCGCUACCAUCUUCUUCACCCGGAUUACCUCUACUUUAGAAUUCGCGAGCUGCAGAAAAACUUUAGAUUGCGAGUCGUGUUGUGCUAUGUGGAUGUGGAGGAUGUCAUUAAGCCAUUGCACGAAGUGACAAAGACGGCUUUGCUCCAUGACUGUAGUCUGCUCUGUGCUUGGAGCUUGGAAGAAUGCGCUCGCUACCUGGAAACUAUAAAGAUGUACGAAAACAAGCCAGCCGAUAACAUCCAAGAAAGGACUGACCAAGACUACUUGUCCCGACUCACGAGUGCAUUGACGAGCGUGAGGCAUAUCAAUAAGACGGAUGUUGUUACACUCGGUUCAACAUUUGGGAGCAUGGCAUCAGUGAUGAGCGCUUCCAUGGAAGAUUUAGCACGCUGUCCUGGUAUCGGCGAGCGGAAGGUGAAGCGACUCCAUGAUGCAUUUCAUGAACCUUUCAGGCGUACGUCAAAACAGCUGCGUCUCAGCAGCGUGGGGAUCAAACCAAUUCAAGAGGCUCCCAAGUGAAAGUUUGCGGGGCUAGUGUGUAUGGAGAGCUACGAGGUAGAAGAGAAGAAAUUGGCGGCAGCUCACGCCUUGAUGCAUUACUCUCCAUUCGUCAUGACUUGUAUUGGAGAAAGCGUUUCUCCGAGCCAGCUUAGGAUCCAUCUUCUCAAGGAACUUUCCGGAAUGCCAUCUACCUUGAAGACCGAGAAAGAGCCGCAGCUUCUUGACUUCGUCAUGAUCACGAACCCCGGCCAUAAAGCUACCGCGCCGACGGAGCCAUCAUCUUCUUCCAUCGAAGCCACCAGCGGAGGAGAGAAAACCGACAAGCGGCGCGAGAGUUAAAAACGCAAAGGUUCUCCGUUGUUUAAACUUCUUCUCAUCGAUCGGGAGUUAAUGAUGGACUGAUGCAGGAGUUCUUCCCUUGUUUCCUCAGGCUUUGUAGUCAAUGGAAAGAAGCUUUUAAUUUGCCAUCGUGUUGCCGACGCCCCUUUGUUUCUCGAAACGGUGGCAUCAGCAACAACAGCAACUGUGACACUGACACGUAGGAAGCGAGUCAAGCUUUCAGGGACGGGAUAUUUCCUUUGCAAGCGCAGAUGACGCCUCGGAAGAUCUGUGAAUCCGCUUGGAGUUGAUGCGUCGCAAUCAGCUGGAAAUACACCGCUUUUUCUUGAUCAGUAAGUUUGUGGGAGGCAUCAGGGGGGAAAGAGGACAAAAGGUUUAAAGCCGUGGAUGUCACGUGAGAGGACGGGAAGAAAAGAAGAACAGCAAUUGGGCGAGAAAUUUUUUCUUUAUAACCGGUACUUGGGAAGAGCAGUGGCAGCCAGGCAGCUCUUACAGCAGCAACGUUGUCAGUCGAUCUCUUUCAAGCUGCUGGCUGGUGUUGGUGCUGCAUCAUGGGUGUCACUAUGGAGUCAAGUUGGUUGCAAUGCCACCAGUGUUUCGGAGCUUGAGACACGGACGACUCGGUCAGCCCCGUCCGUGGCAGCCGAAAAACGAGCAGAGAAAAAAAGAAAAAAAAACGAAGAGAAAGAUAUGGAGGAAAAUUUGGUCGCUUGUGAUGAUGAUGAAGCAUCACCAACCUGUGCUAUGACGAUGGGCCUACUUUUACAGGAGAGCUGAGGAGUUACAGCAGAAAGUUUGGUUGUGACACCCCGAAGACGAGCCUCAGCAUCGGCAUCAGCAGCAUUGAGAUCUGCGUUUUUUUGUUUUGGAUUCGUUCGUGUGGAUGGCCCGUCCAAGGAAAAGGGGUACGCGUUCUUCGUCCUGACUUGGCACGCAACGCAACUGUGACGCUGUUAAUCUCAUUUUGCCUGGAAGGAAGUUCCAGAUUCGUGAUUCGCGACAAACUCCUCAGCACACGCACGCGGUGAGUCAGUGCUUUCGUUUCCUUUUUCCCUCUAGUUUUGUGCAUCGAAUCUCUCGGAAGUGUUUUUUCUCUCUUGCGCAGGAAAAAUGCGCGCUGUUAGAGCCUCUAAGCCGGAAAGUCUGGUCACUCACGCUAGAAACAAGGACCACUUUGCGUGGGCAUGUCGCUCUUGGCGAGAGAGGGAUGGUUUUUCCAGGUCGUCGACGAUGUUUCUAUGGCAUGAUCACACGAGGUGAGCGAUCGAUCUUCUUGCUUCACAUCUUUCUCAGAGUUGCGGCUUGGAAGACACUGUCCAUGAAAACAACGCCUCCGUUUACGUGCUAUAUCCAAAGUCUUUGAUCACUCACUUCCAGGCUAAAACAAAGCUUUCCUUUGAUUAUACCCACAGGCGAAAUUGUGUCAAGUUGACGAUUCUAUAGAUUUUUUAAUCGUCACGAUGGAGUUUGUAUGAUUAAAAAAAAACUUCGCUUGCUAAA